UCUCCCUCCGCCAUUUUGAGAUCACCGCUCAGUUGAGUACCAGCCAGCCUUUCGAUAUCUAAAGAUGACUGACCAGCUUUGCAAACUUUUCGUCGGUGGCCUCAACGUCGACACCGAUGACGAUGGCCUGCGCAAGCACUUCGAGCAGUACGGUAUGCUCACCGACUGUGUCGUCGUCGUGAACAAGCAGCUGCAGCGGUCCCGCUGUUUCGGCUUUGUGACCUACUCCACACCGGAGGAGGCCGACGCCGCCAUGGCGGCUAGGCCUCACACCGUCGACGGCAACGCGGUCGAGGUGAAGCGGGCCGUGGCGAGAGAAGACGCCAACAAACCAGAGGCCCUCGCAAAGGUGAAGAAAAUCUUCGUCGGUGGCCUGAAAGACGACAUUGAAGAAGAGCAUCUGAGCGAUUACUUCUCUCAGUACGGCCAGAUCGAGAAGGCCGAAGUCAUCUCGGAGAAGGAGACCGGAAAGAAAAGGGGAUUCGGCUUUGUUUACUUCACCGACCACGACGCAGCCGACAAAGCGGUUGUGGUGAAGUUUCACACCGUUAAUGGACACAAAGUUGAGGUGAAGAAAGCCCUGACAAAGCAGGAGAUGCAGGCGGCCAACAGAACCGGCAUGGGGCCUAGAGGCAGACCAACAAGAGGCAUGAGGGGAAAUCAAAAUGGCUACGGCAGCAGGGAGUACGGCGGAAACUACAACUACGGAAAUGGCGGAGGCUACAACUGUGGCGGCGGCUACGGAGGGUAUGGCGGACCAGGUUACGGUGGUUAUGGAGACCAGGGAGGUGGCUAUGGUGGCGGAAACGGCUACAACGAGUUCGGCAGCGGCUAUGGUCAGCACUCAUCUGGUUACGGCCCCAUGAAGACGCCCUUCGGCGGCCAGAGGAGCGGUGCUCCCUACACCAGAGGCGGCGGUGGCGGCGGCUACCCGAGGGGGGGCUACGGCGGCGGCUACUAGAUGAGUCCGCACUAAUCAACCACCCCCACCCCCCUGCCAUAAAUUACCUCCAGCCAGGAUUUGGACGACAAAAUCAAAUUCAGUAACGGGGCGUCUGCCGUGAAAUCCAACAAUGGCAGAGAUACGGACAAAGAGACCCCCCCUAAUCAUCAGACCUCAAAACCCAAACAGGUAGGAAGGUCACUUCCCAGAAAGCCUGAUAAUAACGAGCAGCUGUUGUUGCCGUUCAACUAGGACACGUUAAAAUGAAGAAUAAAAGCAUACAGUGAAUCCCCCUUUUUUAUUAUGUACCCACGCCUACGCGUGUAGUUGUCGUUUAGAGUUGAAUAUUAUUUUUUAUUUGCGUUCACUCGUUGUUUUGCAAAUUUCGAUGUAGGAUUGUUUUGAUGAUUAUCCUAAUAUUUGCAUUUUAAGCAAUUAGAUUUUGUUUUUCUGGAGUAAACUUUAGUGUGAUUUCAAUGUAUGAGGAUGAGAAAGCAUGUUUUUUUGUCGUGUUGGAUUUCAUAGCUUGUCAUUACAUCAACUUGUAUGAUUAUAUACUUGGGUUAUUCAGCCAAGGUGGGAACGUGAUACUGCAGGAUCCAGUUUCCUUGUUUUCUCCCCCAUACUGUACUCUACCAAACUCUCCUCACGCAUAGUAAUAGUUCCAGUCUAAAUAUUGUUCAUUUUUCAUUACCUGUAGCAAUAUCUAAUGUAUAUUGUAUACUUUCAUGUCUGGAGAACAAAACCUACUGUUUAAAACAUUUUUGGUAUGCUUAUGUAUGUUCAUUUUAAAUAAAACGUUAUACCACUUAGCUUAGUUAUUUUACUUAUUUAACCAGGCUUCCUCAAGUUCAUCCACAGGUUUUAUAAGUGACCUCAUCUUGAUCUUUAGUUACAUGGCAUCUUUCCCACAGUUUAUUCCCUUACUCUCAGGUGGGUGAAAUGGUUACAGAAUGGUUGUAGUCUACCCACAGCCAAUGCAUGUAGGCUUUGUAGGGUUUGACCUUUGUGUUUUUAAAAUUAUGUGGUUUUUAGACAUGCUAAUGACUUUUUUAUAUAUAUAUAUUUCUUUCCUUUUACAUAUUUGAAUACAUAUCAAUAUGUGGACAUGAGGGCUCUGAUAUUUAUCUUUGAUUAUUCCUACUUCCUAUUAGGUGUUCUUACUCGUAUUCCAGUAUGCUAUCCCAGCCAUAAUAGCCGUAGCAGUUUGUUUGUAGGCUACAUCAGGACCCUGUUGAUUACCUGGGGUCGAUUGUGAUAGGAGUCUGAAAUAUCUCUUUAGGAUAUCCACAUCCAGCAAACUAGGUUGCUACGGUAACCUGGGCACGAGGACAUCACCCCGAAAACGAUGGGGUGUGUGUCUGCACGCCGACGAGGGUACCGGAGAGUGGUUGUGCCUUCUCCCCCUCAGGAUAAUGGGGCUUGACGAUUUCUGAUCAUCCCAUAAGAACAGGAAACAACUGUUAUGUUGGCUGUGCUUUUUAUGAAUCUACAAUAAAUUAUAUAUUUUUAUACACCAA